UCGUUCUUAUAUGUAGAUCUUUCUUCAUAUAAAGCAUUACUUAUUUAUCUGUUUAACACAGCACACUGAUAAGAUCGCACAGCUUGCAAUUCUACGCUGUCAUCUGAAUUCAACAUCAGCUGUCUUUACUCUGGUCCCUGCAAGAUGCCAGCAGCCCUUGCAGAGAACAGCCAGGUUAUCUGUGAAGUAUGGGCCAACAACCUGGAAGAAGAGAUGAGGAAAAUUCGAGAGAUUGUUCUAAGUUACAGCUACAUUGCGAUGGACACAGAGUUUCCCGGAGUUGUUGUAAGGCCAAUCGGUGAAUUCCGCAGUUCCAUAGACUAUCAAUAUCAGCUCCUUCGGUGUAACGUUGACCUUCUGAAAAUUAUCCAGCUGGGUCUGACUUUCACAAAUGAGAAAGGAGAAUAUCCUUCCGGCAUCAACACCUGGCAGUUUAACUUCAAAUUCAACCUUACCGAGGACAUGUACUCUCAGGAUUCCAUAGACCUCCUUGCCAGCUCUGGGCUGCAGUUCCAGAAGCACGAAGAAGAAGGGAUUGAUACCCUGCAUUUUGCUGAGUUGCUUAUGACAUCUGGGGUCGUCCUUAGUGACAGUGUGAAAUGGCUGUCCUUCCACAGUGGUUAUGACUUUGGCUACAUGGUGAAGCUGUUGACAGAUUCCAGGUUACCGGAAGAGGAACACGAAUUUUUCCAUAUCUUGAACCUUUUCUUCCCAUCUAUCUAUGAUGUAAAGUACUUAAUGAAGAGCUGCAAAAACCUCAAGGGUGGCCUUCAAGAAGUGGCAGAUCAGCUGGAUUUGCAGCGAAUUGGACGACAACACCAGGCAGGAUCGGACUCUCUUCUCACGGGAAUGGCAUUCUUCAGAAUGAAAGAGUUGUUUUUUGAGGAUACAAUUGAUGAUGCAAAGUAUUGUGGGCGGCUGUAUGGCCUUGGCACAGGAGUGGCUCAGAAACAAAAUGAAGAUGUGGACUCGGCCCAAGAGAAAAUGAGCAUUUUGGCUAUUAUCAACAACAUGCAGCCGUGAUAAGCGGUGCCCCUCAGCAGAACGUGGUUACCAUAUUGGCAGCUGCUGUCCUCAGCCAUUUUCCCUAAUAGCGUUUCAAACAAAAGGCAUCUACAGUAUACAGCCUGCAGAAGGCCUGCAGUUUUGCUGAAGAGCUGCAUCUUCAUUUGAAACCCAGAAGAGAACUGACUGAAUUCCUAAUGCCAGCAUUUGUGGUUUGCCAUCUUUUUAAUACCAAGGGCAAAAGACAGAACCUACGGUGUAUACCUCUGUUUUUUUCCUCUUUAUACUGUACAGAAUCUGCAAGGAAGACUUAACGGUAGAAUAUUCAGUAGAGCUAAGGGUCUGGAAAUCCAGUGGAAAUGGACACAGACAUGCACACAAAUUUGCUAAUUGUGCUUUAUAAAGCUUAUUUUAAAACUUCUGCAUGUUGUGAGGGUCACUGCUUCACCUCAUGUUUUGCUUAUUUUAUCUUCGUGUAGUCUGUGGAAAUUGCUCCCUUUGAUCACUGCAGAGGUUUGGGAACGGAUGACAUUAAAAAUGAUCCUUGCAGCUAAAAAUAUUCAGAGAUUUGCUUUAACAACAACGGGAAUGGAUAUUACUGGAGCUGAUAUGAUCAGCUCUCCCUAGUUUCUAAUUCUGUAUGGUACAGGUUUGACCCACACUGAGCCUCCGCUUAGUUCUUAUGGGUAUGAAUAAACUGUUCUGGAAAUGGAUUAAGAGGCCUAAAAGUUGACCUUUGACAGGGGAUUGGACCAAUACUCUUACUUCAGUUUUCUUCAACUUAACCUACAAAUUUUGUUCUUCUCCUUGCAACACAAGUAGUUCAGCAGAUGGAUAAAUAUUUGUUCCUCUUCCCCCCCCCCCGCUUCUCCAGCCCCUAAUUUUACUAUAUGCUUAACAACAGACAAAACAGCUCCAUUUCUCUUCAUUAUAAAAGCUGAAAAGUAGUUAGAGGAUGGAAGAACAACUUGGGAUUCUGACUUUUUAAAAAAAUGAGCUAUUCUAUAGUAUUUUUCUUUUCCAACAGCUCUGUAAUGACAUUUCUUAA